CACCUACUCCCCGCCCCGGCGUUCCCGGCUCCCAUGGCGACUCCGCACAGGCGGGACUUCCUGCGGUCGUCCCGGAGGAGGCGGGACCGGCCCGGGCCCGGCGAUUUUAUAAAGGAAGAUGUCCUUUUUCCCUAAAAUCUCUUUCCAGUGUGAAGUUGAAGAGUAUCUCACCAAAGUGUUCAGAAAUAAUGAGCUUAUCACUGCUUUAGGUGGACAGGAGGCAGAGAAUAAGUAUCAGUCUCUGUUAAGUCGUCUGUCUCAUCCACCAAGUUUUACAACUGUAAGAGUUAAUACCCACUUGUCCUCAGUGAAACAUGUGAAAAAAUUGCUGUUUGAAGAGAUCCAGAAGCAGUUCAAAGGACUAUGUGUUCCAGUUCUUGAGCACCCAAAACUCCAGGACAUCCUGUUAAUUCCUGUCAUUGGACCCAGGCGAGACUUAAAAAAACAUCCAUCUGAAGUAAUUGUUGGAGCCCAGUGUGGAUACGCAGUACUUCGAGGAGCACACGUUUAUGUCCCUGGAAUCGUAUCUACCUCAAGAUCAGUUGUGAAAGCUGGAGAUCUGGUCUCAGUGUAUUCGGAUAUUGAAGGGAAGUGUAAAAGAGGAGCCAAAGAAUUCAAAGGAGUCAAAGUUUUCCUUGGAAAUGGGAUUUCAGAACUGAGUCGCAGUGAAAUCUUCAGUUCAAGUGGCCCAUUGAAGGGGCUUGGCGUAAGAAUGAUAGAGCCAGUCUACCUUAGUCCUUCAUUCGACAAUGUGCUCCCUAGUCAUUUGUUUUUACAGAAUUUACCUUCUGUGGUUGUGAGCCACAUUUUAAGCCCUCAGCCAGGAGAGAAAAUUUUGGAUAUGUGUGCUGCACCUGGAGGAAAAGCAACCCAUCUUGCAACAUUAAUGCAUGACCAGGGUGAAGUAAUAGCCAUGGACAAGAUAGCUAACAAGGUCAAAAAAAUCAAGCUGAACGCUGAAUUGCUACAAUUGAAUUGCAUUAAGGCCUUUUGCUAUGAUGGAACAAAGGCUCUUUCAGUUGAGAAACGAGAGGAUGAACAAGAAGGACCUCCAUUCUCACCAGAAUCAUUUGAUCGAAUUCUUCUUGAUGCUCCAUGUAGUGGGAUGGGACAGAGACCAAACAUGGCUUAUUCUUCAACUUUAAAGGAAGUGACCUCUUAUCAACCACUACAGCGCAAGCUUUUCACUGUGGCAGUGAAGUUGCUGAAGCCAGGAGGUGUUUUAGUAUACAGUACAUGUACGAUUACACUUUCUGAAAAUGAAGAGCAAGUUGCUUGGGCCCUGAAAAGAUUUCCAUGCCUCCAGCUUCAUCCACAGGAACCUCACAUUGGAGGAGAAGGCAUGAAGGGAGCUGGACUGACACUUGAUCAGUUGAAGCUGCUGCAGAGGUUUGAUCCAGCUGCUGUGACAUCGCAAGGAAUGGAUAUUAAUUCUUUGCAAGAUUCCAGAGAAGAUGACCUGAUCUCAUUGGCAAAUAAGGACUGUAUAGGAUUUUUCAUUGCAAAAUUUAUUAAAUCGAAGAGUCAAUAAGGAUCUGGGAAUGCAACCUGAAAAAAUACCUCAGUGAGUCUAAGAACAGUUCAGACGUGAAGUGCGUUUCUUCCUGCUGCAAUGUUACCAAGCCAACGGACUGACGGCAGGGUUGCUAUGGCAGCAGUAAAAUCUGCCAGCUGUUCUGAUGGGAAAGAGCCACAGGUUGCAGCAAGAAAGUCAUGGUUGGGGGAAGGGUAGUAUCAUUUUUAAGUCUUCCUUCGCUUUUGUAUUUACAGCAGGUCAGUGCCUGAAUGACAAGUAUGUUCACUCAUACUGGUGUUGCUUAUCUGGUGCAGCAAGCAUAGGAAGGGGAUGUAAACUACUUUAUGAAAUGAAAACAUAAAUAAAAUAAAUGGGAGCUAUUAUAAUGAAUUUUUGAAAAGGAAGUUUCUAUGGAGGUUUACUGAUAGUUAAUGUUUCAUUAAAUAGUGCUUCACAAAACACUGCAACAUGUUACAAAGAACUGUUUUAUAAAUUGAUACUUAGAACCUCAUUUCUCUUUUAUUUUAAUACAAGCAAGAUUCUCUGUACACAUAGUAUAUACACAAAAUACGAUUAGGCUUUGUAGCAUGUCUUUUAUAGCAGCAUGAAUAUAUUAAACCAUCUCACUCUGGGAAUGUAAAUAAAUAUUGUUUCAACAUCAAACUUCCCAUGCAUAAACUGUAUUGGUUCUGAAAUAGGCUACUGGACUGGCUGACAAGUGACAAUUUUAAAAUCAAACAUUUGCAACAGAAGGGGCUACAGUUGUGAUUAAUAUAUUAAAAGACAGAAAACAAUGCAUAAUACCAUCUGAAAUGUUGCAAAUCACCUUUCAAAGAACUAAGAAUAUUAACUCUUUAUUGGUUAGAAAGCAUCACCAGCUAAAAUCAUGUGAAAAUUGAAAAUGGAGAAGCAUGCUAAUGAGAACUGCCUUAAUACAUUGCUCAAAGAUUUAAUAACCUAAAUUUCUUAAAGAUGUUAGCUGUAUUUGAAAAUUCUGCUUCAGUUCCAGUUUGAACAGGAUUCUCUUUUCUCAGACCUGCUGGAACUGACAAUAUCACUAGAAUUAGAAGGAAAGGUAAGUACAAUUCAAAAACGUAAACUGACAUCUGUGUGUGUUUGUUUCUUUCCUCUCUCUCAUCAAUUUCCAGUUUUAAAAAACAUUAUCUGAAAAAUGUCUGUCUUUUCACACCUAACUAUUUGUUGGAUUAAAAAGAGUGAUAGUUCUUUUAUCAUUUGUCUUUCUACUGUCAGAAGUGCAUUUGUAUUUGCUUGCAAUCAAAACGAUCUAUAGAUUUGUUUCUCAGUAGUCUGGUUGUUUACUUAUAUUUUCUAUAAAUGUUUUGGUACCAUAUGUUUUCUACUCUUCUAAAAUAAAAAACAAAUGUCUCCUGUUCUGCCAAGGUUGACUAGUCCAUCCUCUGUAAGAACUAUCCUAGAAGGAUAGGAGGAUGGAAUUCUUGUGUACUACUCUGCUUUUGUUGGUCACUCCUUGCCAUUAAACACAACAUAUCUAAAGAA